AUGAAGAGAGUCAGUCACACGGAGUUAAGAGAGUUUGUUUUCCAAGGUUUCUCCAGUUUUCAAGAACAUCAGCUCAUACUUUUUGUGGUCUUUCUCACCCUCUACAUCCUAACUCUGGCUGGCAAUAUCAUCAUUCUGGCUAUAAUCUAUGUUGACCAUCACCUCCAUAUGCCAAUGUACUUCUUUUUAAGUGUGCUAUCCACUUCAGAGACUUUCUAUCCCCUGGUCACUAUCCCAUGCAUGCUUUCCAGCCUUGUAGGCCUGAGCCAAUCCAUUUCCCUGGAGGGCUGUGGGACUCAGCUCUUUUUUUCUGGCUUUGCCAUCACCAAUUGCCUCCUGCUAGCCGUGAUGGGAUAUGAUCGCUAUGUGGCCAUCUGCAACCCACUUGGCUACUCAGUCAUCAUGAAUUGGAAGGUGUGUGCUAUACUGGCAUCCUCAGUCUGUGCCACAGGGUUCUCACUCUCACUGGUUCAGACUGUGGCCAUUUUCAGACUGCCCUUUUGCUCCCCACUGAUUGAGCAUUUCUUCUGUGAUAUUUGGCCUGUGUUGGACCUGGCCUGUGCUACCCCAGUGACCAGUGGUAUUCUGACCUUAAUUAUCAGCCUCCUUGCCAUCACAGCCCCAGUCACCUUCCUCUUCAACUCUUAUGUCCUUAUUAUUUCCACCAUUCUCAAGAUCACCUCAGCUGGAGGCCGGAAGAAGACCUUCGCCACCUGUGCAUCCCACCUCACUGUGGUCAUUAUCCACUAUGGCUGUGCCUCCAUUGCCUACUUCAAGCUCAAGUUGGAGAAUACCAAAGAUCAGGAUCAGUUAAUCUCAGUGACCCACACUGUCAUAACACCUUUACUAAAUUCUGUUGUGUAUAGUCUGAGAAAUAAAGAAGUCCAGGACGCUCUGCAGAGAGUGCUGGGUAGGAAAUUCUUCCGCUAA